UACACCGGCCAUUAUUUAGUCGCCAACUCUUUUGCGUGCUGUUGGCCAACCUUCUGAAAGUGCUAAUUCGAUCUGAGGAGGCGAUCAAUGCGGAAAGUGUUAAUCAAGUGCUGUGCAAGGUGAAGGUUUUUCUAUUGCCCAACACUAGUUGAACGUCCGAACGACCAUCAAUGAGGCGGAGACCUCGUAUCGGAGCAACGAAAUGACGGCCUCCUAUAAGCCCCUGCGCACCGACGAUGUGGAACUGGUGAACCAGCGUUCCACCGUGCUAAGGACGGUGCUUUUGCUGAUGAUUGUGUCCUUUUUGUUGUUCUGUCUGCUGGGUUACUACUAUCAACCGGAAGUGGGUGAUCGCGCAGAAAAUCAGUAUCACAUGCAGGAUAUGGCGUCCCAUGAGGCAUUGCUUAGACGUCUCAAGACCAUUCUGAACUGCCACACUCCAACGAAUGAGUACCGGCUCGAACCGCAUGGAAGCUACUAUCUGCUGCGUAACUUCAUCGCGGCCGAACAGCCGGUCGAGUGCUACGAAACCAUAACCUACACCACACACGGUGAUUACUCCUUCCUGGAUAACGUGGUACCACUACUGGAACGCUGGCAGGCACCAGUCAGUGUUGCCCUUUACAGCCCCGGCACCGAUCUCGAUCGUACCGUUGAGCGGUUGCGUUUACUUCGCGAUUGCGACGAUCAUCGACAGAUAGUUCGCCGGUACGUAAGCUUUCAUCUGUACUUAAACUUCGAGCAUCUACCACCGCACCCGAUCGCGCACUACCAGGAGCUAGUGAAGCAACCGAUCGAGUGUCCAGUCGGUGUUGCAGUCAUUCAGGAUUGGAGCUAUCGAGCGGAACACAAUCUUACUUAUCCGGUGAACGUGGGUCGCAACGUCGCACGAACCUUGGCGCUGACACACUUUGUCCUUGCGAGUGAUAUUGAGCUGUACCCUAGCCCGGACUUUAUUCCUAUGUUUCUCCGCAUGGUAGCGCAUCCGUUCUAUCAGUACACGCUGCACGGUACACCGUCGGUGUAUGUGCUACCGGUGUUUGAAUUAAUCGCGGCCAGUGCCGUGCUGGAUGGGCUACCGCAGACUAAGGCUCAGCUGUUGGAGGCAUUGGCGAGCGGAGGUGCCAUCAAGUUCCAUGAACAAAUCUGCCCCCACUGCCACACGGUGCCGGGGUACGAGGAAUGGCUCGGCGUGCUGAAAGACGAGUACACGAUGGACAUCCUAACGACAGCCAAACGGGAUGGUCCUUUUGCCCUCUGGGAACCAUUUUACGUCGGAACAAACCGGGAUCCAAAGUAUGACGAGCGGCUUACCUGGCAGGGUAAGGCGGACAAAAUGACGCAAGCAUACAUCAUGUGCAUCCUUGGUUACGACUAUCACGUGCUCGAUAAUGCGUUUUUGGUGCAUCGACCGGGAAUUAAAACGUUAGCGGAAGCGACUAAUCCAGCACAGCAAACGAUACAGCGAUCCUUCAUAAGGAGUACCAUUCUCAACGAAAUUACCUCACUGUACGGGCAGCGGGAAGGUUGCAAAAUCUAGUAUCAAUGGAUCGUCACUUUAUAAACCUGCUUUAACAAACUUCUAGUCAGACGAAGUGGGAGAAGAUGGCAAGGAGGAUAGUGGAUGGUAUUUUGUUUAUUAAAAAUCCUACUAGUAUCGACGACGGUGCCGUC